AUGGGCGUAUCCAGCAAAGUGGACUCGCCCGAACAUGCCCGCAAUAUUGAGAAAGCUCCGCAAGAGCCCAAACAGGCGCGCCCGGACACUGUCAAGACAACCCGUCGCCGCCGUUUGGCCGACUUCAAGAUUGCUAAUCCGUUCCGCAGCAGCCCCUCGAACAAGGCCGACCAAUCUGGGAGGAGACCAGUCGCUGAGGGUGAGGGUGAUGUCCCCAACGGGCAGGGCCAUGAGUUCUCCAAAGGGUUGAAACCCGCGGCUGCGGACUCUCCGGACUCUCCGGACUCUCCGGACUCUCCGGCCAUUGAAAAAGCGCUCGAGGUUCCGGAGCAGGUUCUGCAGGAGCUCCGUGUCAUCCUCGAGAAGGCUGAGUUCUCCGGGGAUGGCCCCCCCGAGAUCAACCAGGGGUUGGAGGAUCGUCUGACGGCAUAUGCGGCGGGAAAGGCGAAGGAGUACGAUGCCGUGCGCCAACAAGGCGUUGCCUACGAGAGCUCCCUAGGAUUUGACUAUGCCUGCACCAGGACCGCAAAGGAGCUGGAGAUCAAGGCCAACGAGAAGCUGCAGCAACUCAAGAAAAGCGACGUUGCGCGAGUCUACGAGACGGCCCCGAAAAGGCGAGGCUACCGUGGUCAGGAGCAUCCGCGGUUUUGCGGCGACCACUUCCUCUCCAAUGCCGACCUCAUCGAGCAGACGCAGCUGUUUGCCCUCUGCCGCGCCAUGCCCAAGGGAGCGCACCUCCAUAUCCAUUUCAACGCCAACCUGCUCCCCAGCGUGCUGCUCGGCAUUGCCAAGGACAUGGAGCACAUGUUUAUCUGGAGCAACAUCCCUCUGGACCGGGAUGAGGCAUUCGACCUGUGCAGGAUACAGUUCAGCAUCAUGAGUCCGGCCGCGGUGGAGGAGAAGGGCACAGGCGUCCCGUUUCACGGCGAUUAUCACGGCGGGACGGUGAUGCAGUUCCAGCAGUUCCGCGAGGCGUAUCCUGGCGGUCCCGCGGCGGCCGACGGCUGGUUGCAAAAAAAGCUUGUAUUCCAGGAGGAAGAAGCCCACAACUUGCUCCAAACGCAAGACGGCGCCUGGGAAAAGUUCAACGCGAGGACGCAGAUGAUGAAGGGCCUCUUCAACUAUGAGACCGCCUACAGGAGGUACACGCGCCAGUGCCUCGAAGAGUUUGCUGGCGACAACAUCCAGUAUGCCGAGAUCCGGCCAAACUUCAUGUCGUCAAACCAGGUCUGGAAGGACGACGGAUCGAGCCGCAUCGAUAACAUCGGCAUUAUGAAUCUGAUCAUUACCGAGUACGAGGCUUUCCAGAAAGACCACCAGCGUCGGAUCAUGAAGGGGCUCAAGGUCAUCUACUGCACGCCGCGUUCGUUUAGCGAGGAGCAGGUAGGAGAAGCUCUAAUGCAGUGCUUCCGGUUUAAGAUGCACAAGAGGUUUUCCGGUUACAUUGCCGGCUUUGACCUGGUCGGGGAAGAAGGCAAAGGCAAGCCCCUGAAGGACUUCAGAGAGCAGUUCCUCCGGUUCCAAGCGCUCUGCAAGGCAGCCAACGUGGAAAUCCCCUUUCUCUUCCACUGCGGCGAGACGCUGGAGAUCGGCACCGACACCGACGGCAACCUCGUGGACGCGCUGCUGCUCGGGGCCAAGCGCAUCGGCCACGGCUUCGCGCUGCCGCGGCACCCGUACGUCAUGGACCAGAUGAAGCAGCGCAACGUCUGCGUCGAGGUGUGCCCCAUCUCCAACGAGAUCCUCGGCCUGACGCCGCGCAUGAGCGGCCACGCCGUCUACAGCCUGCUGGCCAACAACGUGCCCUGCACCGUCAGCACCGACAACGGCACGCUCUUCCGCUCCCGCCUCUCGCACGACUUCUACCAGAUGAUGGCCGGCAAGGCCGACAUGACCCUCCACGGCCUGCGCCAGCUCGUCGAGUGGAGCAUCCAGCAUUCCUGCAUGGAGCCCGAGCUGAGGCACGAGGUGCGCAGAGACUGGGAGAAGAUGUGGGACGACUUCUGCCGGCGCAUCGUGGACGGGGAGUUUGACGAUUACGAGACCAAGAUAUAA